AUGACCAUAGUUAAAAUAUGUGGUUUGAAGUCUGAAGACGCUGCAAGUACUGCUAUUCAGAAUGGCGCGAACUUGUUAGGGAUGAUAUUGGUUCCUGGUAGAGCCAGAACCGUUGACAAGCAAACGGCACUGAAAAUUGUCAGGUUAGCUCAAGCCGAAAGAAAAAAGCAAGGAAGGAAGCACCGAAGUAUAACCUCAUUACUCAAAUACUUAUACUCAGGCGAAUAUUCUAGUGUCGAGGAGUUUCAGUUGAGGGCGGCAGAGUUAAUCGAAGAAAAUGGACCAUUUGUAGCUGGUGUAUUUCGAAAUCAGAGUAUAGAAGAUGUUUACAAUAUUGCAGCUGACAUUGACCUUGAUAUCAUCCAGCUUCAUGGCAGUGAAGACAAGUUGGAAUAUGCCAAAUUGAACGCUACAGAAUUGAAGUAUGCCAUCAUUCCUAGGUUUGUGAUACCGAAGGAUAUAAUUGAGAUGGAAAUUGUUUUCCUGAAGCACUCUGAGUGCCAGAAUGGGAUAUUACUACCAUUACUUGACUCUGAGGCUGGUGGCGAAGGUAAGAAGAUAGAUUGGAGUGCAGUAGGUAAACUAAAAUUUGGCAAGUAUCUUCUUGCUGGGGGUCUUACUCCAGAGAACGUUGUGGAUGCCUUAAAUGUGGAGAAUGUCAUCGGAGUUGAUGUGAGUGGAGGCGUAGAGACCGAUGGAGUGAAAGAUUUGACAAAAGUUAAGCAAUUCAUCAUUAAUGCCAAGAGCAAGUAG